GCAAACGAUUCGGCGAAGAAAUGAAUAGGUUUUUGGACGAAAAAUAAUGGCGAUGAAAACCCAAUCUCACCUUUCACGCAUUACGUGACUGAAAUCUAAACCGUAGAUCUUGAGGUGUAGUUGAGUCUUUCUGAAAUCUCGCCCCCAGAAACAACAGAGAUAAUCGAUCAAACUGAGAAGAAAUGGAGCUUUGGAGAAUCUAGGGUUUCUAGUAAGGGCCCUUUGGUUAUAGAGAGGGCCCUGUAUAGAGGAGGGCAAUGAAGGAGUUGAUAGGGAGUCCAGGUACCGCCAGUGGGCUUGUGUUGAGAAUAGGGCAGUGUAUGUUCGCUGCGGCUUCAAUUGGAGUCAUGGUCUCUGCUAUUGGCUUCUCUAACUACACUGCUUUCUGUUAUUUAAUUGCAUCGAUGGGGCUUCAAGUGCUGUGGAGCUUUGGACUUGCAUGUCUCGAUGUCUAUGCUUUGAAGAUAAAGAGAGACCUUCAAAAUCCAGUUCUUGUGAGCCUAUUUGUUGUUGGUGAUUGGGUGACAGCCACCUUAUCGCUUGCAGCUGCAUGCUCAUCUGCUGGGGUGAUGGUACUGUAUGCAAGGGACCUGGAUUUUUGUAGGGCAGAAAUGCAUAUUCCAUGCAGCAGGUUCCAGAUCUCCAUAGCUUUGGCAUUCAUCACCUGGUUUUUUAUUGCCAUUUCUUCUCAUGUGAUGUUUUGGAUCUUAGCCUCGGUUUAGAUGACUCAACCCAGAGGCCAAACACACAACAUACAUCGUGUUCUAUUUCAUAUGUAAAUGUUAUUGUCUUGAGCAAUUUUCAAUGGCAGUGAGUUUUCUUGGUGUAUGAUAGGGUUUCUUGUUCA